AUGGCGUCUCCAUUGCCAGUUGAAUCGCCAAAUACUCCAGCAGCCCCAGCGGAAGAUCCUUCAGUUGAUACAUCCAGGCCCCAGACCAACCAAGAUCCUGCACCUGGUUCCAACGACACCGCUCAUCUGCCAGACCAAGCCCCCUUGAAAGCCACCAUCAGGCCACCCGCGGCCGCGACCACCAACCCAGAAACCGGCGCGCUCCAUCACCCGCACCACCAGCCCACCCCGCACGCGACUGCGACUGCUGCGACUCCAGGCCCAGCUGCCGCUACUCCAGCUACGGUCGCUACCGCCACGGCUCCUGUGCCGGGAGCUUCACUUGCACGUCCAAAUAUAAUAGACCAGCCGCCCUCCCUCGAUUCCUCGUUGCCUCCCAUGCCUCUCACCUCCCCCUCCCCCUCGUCCGCCACUGCGCCUGAGGCCAAUUCCCUGUCAAACCCCCAGCCACAGAAUACCACAGCGACUUCACCCUCGACUUCAAAGAUGCUAUUCUCAGACAUAUACAAAUCCCCGCGGUCGCCACUGUCCAAGUUCCGCCAUCCCAACUCCCAGCACCCCUUGACGCUGGAUCUGCCCGACUACGACCCAGAUCUUCUCAGCAAGGACAAGGUCAAACAGAAAGAGGCCGUUAAGAAGCACCUGGCCUCGAAGGUUCGCAACGAUUGGGAGUUCGUCUGGCCCCCCGUUGCCUCUCCCCCAACCCAGAAUAGCGAUCCCACACCCACAAUAAUCCCAGCGCUCACCACCACUGAUGCGCCUGUUCAAGAAACGCCAGAACAGCCGCAAGAACAUGCCGAUCCAAAACCCGAAGCGACAGACACGACGAUUCAGGAAGACGAGGUAGCAGCCGAGACCGCGCUGAGUGAUGACGAGGACGAAGAGGAAGGACUGUCAGACACUGACGCCGAGUCCGUCUACAGCACCGUCUCGGAGGAUCCCGCACGCUUCAAACCCCGUCUGGAAUGGGUAUCUGACCUGUCCGACGAGGACCCUCCCCUGUCCCUCUCCCCUUUCCGUUUCGACAGCCCCGAUGCGAUCGGCGCUGCGGUGAAUGCAUCCGUCGCCGAGAAGCGCGCACAGCGGAGGCGGGCUCUGCGCGAGGAGAUGCAAUGGAAUGAAGGGCUGGCAUGUUUCGAGGCGAGACGUAAUGCCUGGACAGGUGCACGUACGGUACGCCUCCGCGCCAAGCCUGUUUCUCCCACCCAGACAUUCUCCCCUCUCUCGCCUCGCCGCCUCUUCUUCCGCUCUUCAAUAUCGCAACCCCCACCUGCACCGCUGGUUUCCGCCUCACCCUCGUCACCGCCCCGAUCUCUGCAACAGCAGCCGAGCAAUGACGCCUCGGCAGUGGUGUCGGACGGUUCCGAGCUCACGAAGGAUGCGUCCAAGGAACUCACUGCGCAAAAGUCAAAGGAGUCUGCACGGUCGACAACAUCGCCUCUGUCAAUGGCGUACCCCAUCGAGACCCUCAUUCCUGUGCCUGCGCCUCUGCUACCUCCUGCAAACCCAAUGCGUGCCUCCAUUACCCCUUCGGUGUACAUUUCCCUGUACGAGAAGGUAAUAGUGCAUGCCCUUACACCGUCGUGCCCCGUCAACCUGUCAGACAUGAUUAAGGCAUGUGUCGUAGGUUGGAAGCGAGACGGCGAGUGGCCCCCGAAGCCCUCAACUGCUGAUCCUGGAAUCGUUGCUGUGCGACGGAGAAAGAAGUCCCAGACCGAGGGUGGGGGCCAGAACAAUACUCGUAGAAUGAGUUUUGGUUUCCUAGGUAGAGGAGAAAAGGUGGAUGGCCAGGACGAGGCUGGGGCUGGUAAAGGCAUUAGGAAGAGCCUCCAAAGAGUUCUCGGUCUCGGGCACCAUCACCCACCUACGACCACGAACGCGAGUAAUAAUGGAAACGGGGCCGUGACGGGGAAGGAAACGACGGCUGCCUAA